AUUAAGAUUUUGUGACAAAGAAAUACUAAAAAUAUAUUUAUAACAAAAAUAACAUGUUGACAACCACACCAUGUCAUCUUAAACUUAGCCGAAGAUGAGGGUGAGGAGAGGGUGGUCUUUAAAUCCUCCCCUUUCAUUCCUCCCCCCUUCAGAAGCUCAGCCUCCAUGCACACAUGGUGUUGUGAGGUGCAAGAAGCUACUCUGCAUGCCACCAAGCUCACCAUUGCUUUGAAGUUAAGAAAUUCCAGAAAUUUCCUGUAACUAGGUUGAACUUUAAUGUGAACCAGAAGCUGGAAUUCCUCUUCCUGCAUCUUUACCUUCUUGGUUAGCGGUUCCCUUCUUACUACAAGUCUCGAUAUGUCUCGUCUGUGGAUACUCCUGUUCCUGUUGGCACUGUGGAAUAACAGUCCGGCGAUGUCUGCAAAAGGGGGCAAGAAAAAGCACAAAGAGAAGAAACAAGAUGAACUUGUACCUCCUAAAGAAAACACUGUGUCAGCCCGUGACAGGGAAUCUGGUGUGCAGUCAGAGUCUGACUUUUUAGCUGAUUUUGCAGGAAAAAAACGCCUGUGGGUAAUUUCGGCACCAUCGCACAGCGACAACUACUUGCGUAUGAUGGAGAAACAGAUCCAGGAGUCAGAGGGACUGAAUUGUCGACUUGCAGAAAGAGACACCCUAAUUCUCACAAUUAUUCAGAAUGCCAUGAUGGAGGGCAAAAUCCAGCGCACGUCCAUGCACGGAGAGGCCACAGUGGAGCCCAUUGAUUCGGAAAUGGUGACCAAGUUCCUCCAUUAUCUGGAGCUGCAGGACCCGACCUUCUCCAUGCUGAUUCUGAAGAAGAACAUGAGAAUCAGUGAGAGAUUUCCUUAUCCGGUACGUGUUGAGGCUAUUCUGGAGGCCAUCGAUCAAUUGCCUGUGCGCAAGUUGGAAAAGGUUGCCAGGAAGGGGUUACCUAUUAAAUGCAAGGUAACCAAGAAGAGGUUAGUGGUGAAAAAACAGACCAAACAAAGAACCUCCAGUCCACAGAAGCAAGGAAACGGCACGUCCAUCUUUCCAACACAGAAGAAACCUCUGGACAAAAAGGCAACCCUGAGAAACAAAGUCCAAGAUAUCUUGAGCGGACGUUUGCGAUUUGUCAUCCGUAAAACAUCGGGUAAUUCAAGCAAACCGUCAACAAAAUCUGGAUCUAAUGGAAACAAGAGGCCAAACCACGAUGAGCUGAGGAAAUCUGCAGAUAGUGAUAGACAUAGAGAGCCAGUGGCAGAUGUGAAAAAACAUGACUCAGAUAGAAAGCACACUGGUGCAAAAUCUAAUUCUGACACUGUCAAUGAAGAGAUCGAAGGAGAACAAACCGCUGACCAUUCGAACUCCAAAAAGAAAGGAAAAGGAAAAGAUGGCAAGAAGACAAAGGGAAAAGGAGGGAGGAGAAAAUCCCAACGAGAAGCAGAUGAUAAAGAAAAAGCAGCUCUUAAAGAAUUCAUGGAAAACCUUAAAGGACAAAGAAGACUUCUUAUAAUUUCCUCCCCAAGUGAUGUCUCAAGUCAGUAUGUCAAACAAAGAGAUGAAAAUGAGCUACAUAGCUGUGACUUUUCCCUUAGAAAGGUCUCUGUGCUGUCCAUUCUGGGUUCAGACAGCCCUUCACUACACAUUCAACACUACCAAAAAGAUACCGAGCCUCCACAAGCAUCUUUGCCAUACAAGUUCAGAAACCCAGCGUUAAUCGCCGAUAUCCGAAGAGAUUAUAGACUCGACUCCAAAAACUUCUCAAUGGUGUUGACUGAUUAUGACCUCAGGCCUAAUCUCAACAGGGUUUUCAACAAGCAAACAGCUCCUUCUGUUUUACUGAAUUACAUUGACAGCUUUCCUUCACGUCAGUCUGAGAAGCAGGAGGAGAAAACGUCUCCAUCACUGUGUUCUCAAGCCGAAACAAAUAAUCAGGAGGAGAACUCGCUACUGAGGUUUAUGUCAAAACGAAGACUUCUGAUUAUUUCAGCACCCAGUGUAGACGACUACUCAUUCCAUCAGCAGCUUCAAGCAUUUAAUGGACAGGAAUGUCCAAUGGGUAUCCGUCAUUUUGCCUUGCUGAAACUAGUGGGUACUGGAUCGGCAGCUUCGGGAACAGUAGAGUUUUUCCCAUUGAAUGGGAAAAGUCAACCUGAGAAAGAGACGCUCACACAAGAUGUGGUGGAGAAUCUGCGAAAUCAGAUUAAGAUAAACAAGGACUACUUUAGUAUGGUGGUGGUGGGUAAGGAUGGAGAUGUAAAAGCCUGGUUUCCAUCUCCAAUGUGGUCUUUGGGAAGCAUCUAUGACCUCGUGGAUUCUCUGGAGUUACGGCAACAGGAACUGAAACUGCAGAAAACUCUCGGAAUUCACUGCUCGGAUGAGACUACGGGUAGUUACCAUGGUUACACAGAAGAAACAGAGGACAGCUACUUGUACCACAGAUCUGAGGACUGAAAGAAAACCAACAUGACAAAGACAUUAGAAAUGCAUAAAAUGAAUACAGCAUGCAUUUGUACAUUAUGUCAUCCUCAUAUCAUGUGAUGCAAAUGUUUACUUCUUCACUAAUAUAUAAAUACGCAUUGUAUGAAAUUCAUACCGUUAUCUUACCUGCAUUUAAAUAUGUUUUAUCUUCUGUAAAAUUUCACUUCCCUGCACCUGAUUGUGCAGGACACCACAAGUAAAAGUGAAUGUGCUUGUUUUUGUAAAAAGCUGUUGAUUUAAUUAAAAGCUUGAGAGAAUGUCUGAUAUGUGAGUCUUGUCAACACAAAAUAUGGGUGAAGGUUUAGCAUCCUUAAGCGAAAAAAAGCACUUCAAUGUACUGCUUGCGGUCUUGAUUGCACAUCAAGUAUAUUUCCUCUUUUUGAUGCCCGUUUAACCAAGAAUAGCAUGUCAUGUUAAGACACAAAUUUCGUUAAGUUAAAGUAACAUAUGAUUUUAUGAUUAGAUCUGGUCACUGUACAUAAGGAAUAAAGUUGUUUAUGUCCA